AUGCGGGCCGUUAGUAUCUCCCUUCUUCUCCUGGCCGCUGGCGCCAAUGCCUUCAUGCCCCAAGGAGUUUCUCCCCGUGCCGAUACUCUGGCUGCGAACAUGUAUGUUCCCGACGGCUUUACCGCGGAAUCCUACAAAAAGUUCAAGGCAGAAGAAGCCAAGAAGAAGGCAACCAAGAAUCUUGGAAAGCUUGGACCUCGUGGAUUCCAGUCUCG